AUGAGUGGAAGGCAGUUUGGAGUGUCUAUCGAGGGCGGCGCGACGCUCGAGCAUGAGGCCUGGCUGACAGUUAAUCGGGGUCCGACAACAUUCGUCAUCUCCAUAUCUUUCGACGAUGUCCAGAAUACUCUCUGGGGUGCAGAGUACUUACUACAGCCCAAGACGCACGAGUUCAAUGCCAGCAACAUGAUUCUCACCCUUUGCAUGCCGAUCAUCGAGAAGUUGGCGUCGACAUCCAGUAUACAAGGACUACGCCUUGAGGCUUUAUGUGACUCGUCUACUCACAGGAUGAGGAUCACGAGUGCUGGCGGCGCGCAAGGCGAGGAUAUUCAUGUAGUUGUUGACGAGGAUACAAGUCAUAGACCGUCUCACGGGCUUCUGCCGAUACCCAUUUCUGAGCUUGCGGAGUUUUGCACAGGAGUCGCCCGGAUCUCAGCUACAGAUGUAAUUUUAUCUACUGCGGACGAACAGCUCGACGACCACAACGCAGAGUUUCCUCAUGGCAAAGCUUUCAUGUUAGAUGGCACGGCAGUAUACCUCAAGGCCAGUCUCGGCCAUGGUACGCAAUUCGAGCGAGAACUUGAGAUUCUGGGUCGCAUUGAGCAACUUGGUCUUCGCAAGAGAGACUCGAACAGAUUCUCCCAUCUCAUCGCCGUCGUCACAACUGGCGAACAGAAUGAGAAAGUCGUCGGGAUGCUACUGGAGCUCAUACCAACCGUGCCAUAUGGCGGAGAUCUGCUCCAUGAAGCUAUGCAGGCACGGACGGAUAUGCAUCAGAAGUGGAAGUCGCAAGUACUGCGGAUGGUUGAAGAGCUUCAUGCUCAUGAUAUCGUUUGGGGAGACGUGAAUGCGGGCAAUGUUGUCAUCGACAACGAUCUCAAUGCGUGGGCCGUCGACUUUGGUGGCAUGAAUAAUGCCGAGUUCGUUGAUGAUGAGCUUGCGGAGACGAUUGAGGGCGACUGGCAGGGCGUGCAUAGGUUGUUUGAUGGAUGGUUACCCAGUCGUGGACCGAAUAGUCAACCGUGA